AUGUCUCUCCUAAAUAGUCUUUUGGCAUCUAUUCCUGUUCUUUCUGGGAACAAUUACAAGAGGUGGAUAGAGGACCUAGAAAUUAAUCUGGGACUGCUCGACCUUGAUUUGGCCCUUCAAGAGCUAAAACCUGCUGAUCUGACGGAUGCGAGUACGAAUGCUGAAAGAGUUAAGAUGGAAAAGUGGGUGACAGCUAAUUGGAAGUGCAUACUGGUAAUGAAGAAAUCCAUUCAUGAGUCAUUGCGUGACAAUGUUGAAAUGAAAGACACUGCCACAGAGUUUCUGAGUGAGAUAAAGGCUAUUUUUGAGGUGUCUCAGAAGACUGAGAAAGAGGAUCUGAUGAAUCAGAUUACGUCAGCUGUAUUCGAUGAUGCUAAGAGUGUUAGAGAACAUUUACUGAAGAUGGCUUCCACUGCGAACAAGUUGAGAGAUCAUGGGAUGCCUAUAGAAGAAGAACUUUUGGUGCAUCUUGCACUUAAAUCUCUCCCAAACGUGUAUGUGAAUGCUGCUCAGAAGGACAAAUGGACCAUGAAAGAACUAGUAUCUAUUUGA